AUGUCACCCCGGCCCUUCGUCAAGAAUUUGACCUUCCAGUCUAACGACCUCGGCCAGGCCCAGAACCACACUGGGUCCGUUGAAGAUAUUGCAGUUGACUUUGUAAACAAAGGAGACAUUAUGUCCACGCCCGUAUUCUACCUCAGCGAUAUUGGAGAUAGCAGUCGCGUCACGGCAAAGUUCACUCCGGUCCUGCGCGUCUACAUCACGUCCGACUACGAAGAGACCGAUAUUGUACAAGACCAAGUCGACACUCCUGCGAUGUGGACGCAGGACCUCACUACGCUUGCCCAGAGCACGACUUUGAACCUCGCGCGCGACCCGAACACUGGACGUUACUCGAUCGAUCAUGCUUGA